GAAGAAUGGCUGACGCAUGCAAAAGGCCCACUUUGAUUUGCUUGUUUAUAACAUUGCUAGCGCUCCUAAGCAUUAUAUUUCCUUGCAUGAACUCUGUGGAUAAAUUCCUAAAAAUAAUAAAUCCAAAAGAACGUUCUUGAGGGAUUAAAAUAAAUAUAACUGGAGUUUCGGGCACAGAUGAUAGGUAGCUAUUGAGCUAUUGAAAGAUAUAAAGAAUGUUUAAGAAAGUGAAAAAGAAACCACUAAGGGAGCGGAAGGCCUCAUCAGAGAGUGACGAAGCACCCCAAUCAGAUGAAGAGGAGUUAUCCUUAGCUGAGAAGCUGGAGGAAGCUCGGGAGCUCCAGAAGCUACGUAAGAAGGCUAGUGGCAUUGACAUUGAAACACUUGCCAAAGGAGAUGUUAAGAAGGACGUGAAAAAGAAGAAUGACCCAUUCAAGAAGACAACUGGUGGAAUGGUGGACCUGGCUGCCGUCAAAAAGGGGGCCGCCGAUGACACGGACGACGCGUAUGACACUGGUAUCGGCACCUCCUUCUCGGCGGAAACCAACAAACGAGACGAGGAUGCCGAAAUGCAGAAGUACAUCGAGACGGAGCUGCAGAAGCGGCGCGGUGUUCAGGAGAACGAGGACGACCAGCAGAACUCGUACCUGACGCCCGAACAGGCGGCGCUCAUGGCUGUGCCGGAACACCUAAGGAAGAGCUCCAACAAAAAGUCGGAGGAGAUGCUCUCCAAUCAGAUGCUCAGCGGUAUCCCGGAGAUCGACCUCGGCAUAGACGCCAAGCUGAAGAACAUUGAGGCGACGGAGGCGGCAAAGAUGAAGCUGCUGCAGGACCAGAUGAACAAAAAGUCGGGUCCCUCCCAGUUCGUACCGACCAACAUGGCUGUCAACUUCGUGCAACACAACAGAUUCAGCAUCAAGGAGCCGCUGCGGCCGAAGCGCGCCGAGCAGCGUCCCGAGCCCAAGAAGCCCGUGCUGGUGGUCGGCGGAGUCCGCGAGGACGACGACGAGACAGAGAGAAAGCGCAAACACGGACAGGCCAGCGACGACCUGCUCUUCAACAAGUUCAAAAAACAGUUCCGGCGGUGACCUCCGGCGGUGGCGCGGUAUGGCUGCCGGCGGAUGGGUGGGUGAUGCUGGACGGCGGAAUGGGUGACUUGGAUGGUGGAAUGAGUGGUGCCUUGGAUGGUGCAGUGACUUGGAAUGGAAAAUAGGUGAUGAACGGCGUGGUCUCUUGAGUCUAGGGAGAGCCUUCUUCGCGCUGUGUUGGGAGUAUUUGUGCGUGUUUGCUCGCAGUUAUGUGUCAGUACGUCUGGUGUGCGGCUUGUGCUGGCAUCAGUAUCCUUGUGAACGGUUGUGUUUGGAUACGACGCCAUGUACAGUUUUCAGUGUUAAGUGACUCGUGUAUCGCUCUUCGCCUCGUUGUUGGUCAGCAUUUAGCGACGUGCACCCUUUCCGUCACGCUCUCGAAAAGAGCCUUCGUCUUAUCGGAACAUAAUCGAUUGCUGCGCGAACGAUUUCCACUUUUCAUCCCAUAAUUCCGCAGUUCCUCAGAAUUCUCCAUCCCAUCAUCGACCUGCUUUAACCAGCAGUUGUGUGUGUAACACAAUACAGCUAAUGACUGGCACAA